ACCACACAGUGGAUGUUCGGCUUUACGCGCAGCGCAGCGUGGAUUUGUUUCGCCCCCCGUCCGAACUGAACAUGCCCAGAGGCUUCCUGGUGAAGCGCAGCCGGAAGCCCGGCCCGGCGUCCUACCGGGUCCUGUCCCGGGAGGAGGACGCGCGAGGAGCCGCCGCCGAUGCGCCGCCACCGCAGCAAUUCUCCAUGCCGAGCCGCGCGCACACCUGCAGGGCGGCGGCCGCUGCCCCGGAACCGGACCCUACCGGCAAGCAGGUACAGUUCGGAAACCCGGAGACGGUGUACCGGGUUCUCUACAGCCCGACCCGGCCCGUCAGCCGGGACAUUAAGGGCUCCCCGGAGCGGCGCUGCAGCCUCGGAUCCCCGGCCUCAGCGGAGUCCUUCCCCGCACUGGAGCACCUGUUCGGCCCGGCGGAUCUGAAGGCCAGCGUGGCGGCCGCCGGGGCGCUCCUCGCCGCGGGCGCCAAGCAGCCGACGGGCGAUGCAGAGCGCCGGGGCAAAGCUGCCAGCUCCAAGAGCACCAAAGCCUUCCGGAAGCUGCAUUUUGAGGAUGACGUCACCACGUCCCCGGUCCUGGGGCUCAAGAUCAAAGAGGCUCCAGUGGAGCUGAGGCCGGCGGCGGGAGAGCGCCACCCGCCGGGGGGGCUGGUGUGCCAGCUGUGCCGGGAAGCCUACCCGGACCCGUUCUCCCUAGCGGAGCACCGCUGCUCCAGGAUCGUCCGGGUCGAGUACCGCUGCCUGGACUGCGACAAGGUGUUCAGCUGCCCGGCCAACCUGGCCUCCCACCGCCGCUGGCACAAACCCAAGCCGCCCGGCGAGCCGCACGGCGAGCCGCCCGCGCCCCCCAAAGACAGCAGCGACCGAGACUCCUCCAGUCCCGAACCCUCCGAGUCCGGUUCCGAGGACGGGCUGUACGACUGCCCGCGGUGCGGGAAGCGCUUCAAGCGCCAAGCGUACCUGCGGAAGCACCUGGCGGGUCACCGCGCAGAGCUGCGUCCGCUCGACCUGAGCGCGUCUCCCAGCCACGCGUGUCCGGUGUGCGGGGAGCGCUUCAGCAGCAGCGGGGGCAGAGAGCGCCACCUGCGGCUGCUGCACUCGGCCCAGGUGUUCCCCUGCCAGCACUGCCCCGCCCUGCUGCACAGCUCGCCGGGACUCACCCGACACGUCAACAAGUGUCACCCGUCCGAGAGCCGCCAGGCGAUCCUGCUGCAGGUGCCGCUGCGCCCUGCCUGCUGAGCUCCGGUCCGGUCCGGUCCGGUCCGGUCACUGAGAAGCUGUAAUAGAUCCGUGGAUCAUAGAG